AGAUCAAACACGCAGAGAUGAUGUACCUGAGAAAUACCUACGGCGUUCUGAACCCUUGAUGCCCCCUUUUGGUAAGUUCAUCUUCGGAAUAACAGACACCACACUUUCUUCUUUCUCGGUUUAGGACUUUGAGUACCUUCUAAAGCUCCUGCCUCCAAAUAGGUCGUCCUCUCAUCGUACGUUGGAGGUGGUAUCAAUAUCGCGGCAAGUUCACAGAACUCAUAAAAAUAAGAAGGCACGAGAGAAAUAUAUCCACCGCGUCAAAACAAGACAAAAAAUGUCUCCCCCCUGCACACCGAAGACUCGGUGGAGUGGGAGCCGACGUCGCGUGUCGUGCAGUACUUCUCACGCUCGUCUUUUACAACUCCUGUCACCGCCCGCGCUAGCGUUCUUUCACCUCCUGACUUCGUCAACACGACCUUUGGUACUACAAGAAUUCGGACCAGUUGUAAUAAACGGCUUGGAGUUGUUGACCACGGGGCACAAAAAGCAGAAGGCGCGGCGUGUGACGAUGAAAGGCGGAAACGAGGACUCGUGGUCUUCGGGAAGAAGUAUUAAAACUGAGCCGGGUUGGAGUGGUCCUCGUCCGGCUGCACGUGGAAGCAGUGAAGGCAGCAAUAAACGGGCGGCGUACUACCGGAGCGCGCUCUUCGAACUCUUCGCGGCCAAGAAACAACGGAAAUCGUUGAAAAUCGGGAAAGAAAAUGAGAACCUCGAGAAGUUACACCACAAAGAAGGAGCGCCAGAGAGCUGCGGCGAGAAGAACCCGAAACGAGUGCGGGGAAUUUGUUUGAAAGAUGCCAUUAUGCAUUGCAAAUACGUUGCCUGGAUUGUGCUUUCGAAGGUUGCAAAUUGGCAUGCAAAAUCGCGAUCACCAAAAAAUCUCCGUGUUGCAUGAACGCCACAGGCUAAUUCCAUUUUUUAGUAGGGAAACGGCAGACCACGACUUCUAAUGCGGGAUGAACAUAGGUACGAGGAAGGUCUCUCAAAAACAGUGAUGCUUGUUCUGUGUGCAUUAUCAAGACUAUUUGCGUCGACGUGGUCUGCGUCUGCGACAUGCAUGUUGACAAGUCUUGCAUUCUUCCAGGCAUGAUCCAGGGAUAUUUGCAUUUGAUAGCCGUCAACGACCCAACUGCAUUUGGUGCAACACCGGCUUCCGAGAAGGAGAAAAAUGCAUUCAUAUCGCGCGGAAAAAUGCCCCCUUCCCAUAUUGAAAAGUUAUGUUUCCAAAAAUUUGCGUUGCUGAUUUGUGGCCACAAAUCAAAUUUGCCUUGCAAAUAGAGAAGGGCAGAGGCGUCCGUCCCAUUAUGGUAGCGAUUUGUCAUGCUUUUGGGCGGCCUAGAGGGCGGCAGCCUGCAAAGCUAAACAACUAAGGAUACAUACGCUGAGGAUCUGGCCGCAGUGCCUUACUGCAAGACGUCAUGGCGUAAGUAUUUGCGUACGCAGUAAAUCCAGUACCAGAAACUUCGUUUUGCCAUGGGGACUAGGGGGGAUCAUGUUUCCUAUCAAAUGUAAAAAUGUCUGGGUCUGGAAGCGUGCAUGUUUGUCAUGCUUGUCUGGCAUGACUCUCGAAUCUGUCAUGCACGUUACCCAAGAGCGCCAUUUUUCUGUCAUGCAGGAACGCAGCUUGUCAUGCAGAAUAGGCAACACCUAGAAGCUCAGAAACUUGUCAUGCUGAGCGAGCACUUGUGGCCUGUUCAUGAUACGCCACCCAGCAUCACAAGUUUCCAGACCCAGACAUUUUUGCAUUUGGUAUUUCCUUUUGAUAGUUGAUUGCCCGUCACCUCACGAGCAGCGGAACAUCUUAUUACAAUGAAAAAUGCCCCCACCCCCGAACUCGAAAGCAUUUGCAUUGCAAAUCUUUCCAAAUGAAACAUUCGCCCUCUUGCGUGUAUCAGCAUCACAGAUUUCCGAUCGUGAAUAGCAAAAAUUUGUAUUGCAAAAGAUCCCAGCAAGAGCGGUGCUUGUCAUGCAAGCGAUGCGAAACACGACUAGAAUCUGCAUCAGAAAGAUUCGUACUCCUUUCAUGCAUGACAAAAAGCUUUCAUUUGGAAACUUCGCAUCACAAAUUCUUGCAAUUUCAGGGGUGGGGGGCAUUUUUCACUGUGAUACAUCUUGGGAGGACCCUUUGUGCGUGGGGAAACAGACCAACUUGCUGGGAAGACACGUUGGGCACCAUAUCCUGAGCAAAAACGUUCCCACCCCAUAGUCGAGAUGGGAAGUCUGCUACACAAAUCGCCCAGCUUUGGCUGUUGCGCAUGACAGAUUCGGCCCCCCCGUGUAAUACUCCUGUUCAGCUUGUUCAGCAGCAUCACAGACCUAGCACAUUGUACUUAUCGGAGCACGAUGGCAAAUUCCGACACACGACUGGAAAAUGCUUCUCGUGGGGAUCUGCAUGAGGAACAUUUCCAGCGUGCAGAUUUGCAUUGCAACUAUGGGGUGGGGAUGUUUUUACUCAGGAUACACCAACCGGAUUCCCUCUGCGUCUUGUCGGGGUGGCGAGAGCACGCCCCUCGUAUCAAAUGCAAAUAUGUCUGGGUCGGGAAGAGUUUAAACUUGUCACGCAGGUUUUCCAUGACUCGUGAGGUCUGGAAUGCGGGACCUAGCAUGGCAGAGUCUGUGAGGUCUCUGCCAUGCCUAUCCUGCAGGAGAAACUCCCUCCAAACUUGGUCGAAAGUGGACAGCUUUUGGCACUCAUGCAACACAGAAUUCUGCAUGAUUCAGAUUUAGCAUGACAAGUUGCAAUCUUCCAGACCCAGACACUUUUGCAAUCCAUACCUCCGGGUUAUGUGCAACCCUUAAAACCUCUGGGGGAACCGACGGGGGACAGCCCGCCGCAAGANCCCAAGAGCUCCGCUUUUCUGUGAUGCAGAAGCGCAGUUUGUCAUGCAGAAUAGGCAACACCUAGGAGCUCAGAAACUUGUCAUGCUGAGCCAGCCUUUGUAGCCUCAUCAUGAGACGCCACCCAGCAUCACAAGCUUCCAGACCCAGACACUUUUGCAAUCCAUACCUCCGGGUUAUGUGCAACCCUUAAAACCUCUGGGGGAACCGACGGGGGACAGCCCGCCGCAAGAGUUUCGCUUCCGCCACGAAGACGAGGUAUCUAGUGCAAACAUGUGGUCUGCGCCUGGAAGAUGAAUGCGCGACUUGUCAUGCUCCGCGGUAGGAUGACUCUCAAGCCUGUCAUGCACGUCACCCAAUAGCCUCGCUUUUCUGUCAUGCAAAAACGCAGUUUCUCAUGCAGAAUAGACAACACGACCUAGCACCUCAGAAACUUGCCAUGCUGGAGCGUGAGUUGUGGCGUCGUGAAGGUUUUUCGCCAAACAGCGUCACAAGUUUCCAGACCCAGACACUUUUGCAAGGUAUACGAGGUUGGGGACGUCGACAAGAGUGCCCCGGUGGACCUCACCUGCAAGCUGUAUUCCUGGAGCUACCACUGGAACUACGUGAGGAAGGACGACGACGAGAAGGACGAGAACCAGAACGGAUGGGUCCCCAGCGGCGAGCGGUGCCGGGGCUACACGCUCAAGCUGAGAAACGAAGGGUUCGCAAACACGGUUUUUCUGCGGCGGCACUUGUAUACUGCGGGGUGGACGUGGCGUUUUCUGAAGACCGACCUCGGAUUCCGGGAAACCGACCGAGACGCCAAGUUUCAGCAAGAGUGCCGCUCGUUUGCCUAUAACACUGGGGACCCCGUGAAUGAUGACGGUGAGGAGGCAUACUUCGACGAAUAUGAUGUCGACAAGGGGCCCAAAAUGCUAUGCAUUGCAAAAGCGUCUGGGUCUCUGGAAAGAACUUGUGGUGCUAGUUUGCGAAUGGUGGGCAGAGGACGACACUGCAAAAAUACGCAGUCACGCAUGACAAGUUUUUGAAUUUUUAUGUGUUUCGCUUUCAGCUGCGUUCUUUUUGCAUGAUAAGUAGACAAGAGGACACUUCUUUCCUGCUCAGGCAAUAUCACAGGUUUAAGAGUCAUGUUAGACAUUAAGCAUGACAAGCUUGUUUCGUUCUAGUUCCAGAACACCAGACGUAUUUGCAUUUGAUGCUUGUUCUUUUCCGGGGGCAAAUGGGACGUGCUGGAGGUGGAGUGGAGACAGGCAAAGACAUACCAAGUGCAAAAGUGUCUGGGUCUGGAUGAUUCUGAGACUUGUCAUGCACGGUUUGCGUGAGCCAUGACGUCUGUGAUGCAUGCACUAGCAUCACAGAUUUUUUGAGGGAUGCUUGAUGCCUAUUCCGCAUGACAAAUGCCCUCGCCGUGUAGCAAAAAUUCGACUCAUUUUGCUGCUCAUGCAACACAAAUUUUUUUAGACAUCCAAAUGCAGCAUCACAAGUUGCAUUCUUCCAGACCCAGACAUGUUUACAUGUGAUAAGACAGUGAUCGGGCAGAUAUCAGGAUGAAAAGUGCCGUUUUAUCCCGGAACAAGUGGCGAAAUGUUCUGAUGCAUAUGAUUUUCAAAUGAAAGAACUAUUGUUUUGUAUUAAACAAGGACCGCUCCCGUUGUUGUUGCUCCUACUGAAGAUCAUCUACAGCGUUGUAGGCCUUGUAGCUGCCUUGUAAGCAGGAGCUCUUAAUACAUGAAAAUUUCUGCAGCUACUAACUAGGCCUUUUUCCAGCGGAAUGAAUCUCUGCUAUUCUGCUUGAAAAAAUAACGUUGCUGGAAUACUCUAGCUAUGGAAGAAGAUGGGCAGGAGUUCGAGGUCCUCCGUUCGGCAACUACUUCUGCAAAAACGCAAACAGGCUGGUCACUUAGACUUUAUUCCGGGGUUCUAGGGGCAAUUUUCAUUUCGAUAGUAGACCAUCAUUUCCGACGCAGUCAUGUCCGGGGGGGAAGUAUCCAGGAAAAAAACUGUGUAAGUGUAAGUUUCUUGGAGGAAUAGCAUCACAAGUUUGCUCUGCAUGACACAGAAAAUGAAAACCUGUCAUGCGUAGCUAGGACGUGAAAACACGCACGGAAAUUGCCUCUGAUGCUUGUCCAGCAUGACAAGUGUAACAGUUUUGCAUUUUCUGCAACACAAACUUACACUUACACAGUUUUUUUCUUGGAUAGGAAGUUUGGCUUCGCUCCUACACGUGCUCGGCCGCUCCCGCGGAAGAAAAAAUUUUGCGGAGUCCGAGCGGCAGGCGCCCGCUGAUUGCUGCCCCGGAUAGAAAUAACCGGGGCAGGAAGAUGAACAUCGGGGGCGAAGGCGCCCGCACGUCGUCGAGCGUGGAACAAAACGCAACGAACUCCACGAAGGAAGGCCAGGAGGAGAAGCCUUUUGUUUUUCGCUGCUGCUAAACGCAAGAUCGAUCGGUUCAGGAUAUAGGUACUUCUUGGACAAGUAGAACAUCGACAUAUUCUGCAUACUUUGGCUAUCCCCGUUUCGUACUGAAAGAAAUAUUCUUCAUACUAUUCCCGUUUCGUAGUAAAAGAGCUGUUUUUUGUAUCAUGAAACUUGACCUUUGCAUACACUAUCCAACAAUUUACAUUGCAUUAUCUUCCCCCAGGAGCUUUUUUCACGCGACGGUCGUGAAAAGAAAAAAAAUACGAAAGGCCACUUCAGUUGUAACUGCGCGACCGAACUACAUUAACAAGCUGAAAGAAGAAGAACCCGAGUCAGUAAUUGUGUCUUUUCUUGUUUGUUGUUUGUGGACAAAUCUUCUGCCGACAGGUCCGCUCAAGAGGUGGAUAAGAAAGAUCGGCAGCGGACUUCUAGAA